UAGUGGAGGCCUUCUCCCCAUAUUAUAGAAUGAAAGGACUGUGGACACACUUCUAGCUCUAGUAGCAGCACAUAAAUCAUCAAGGACACAUUGAGCAGCAUGCUCAGGUUUCAAAGAUGGAACAUGAGAGACUUCCUCAGCGGCAAGGGCAAGAAUGUUCCUUGUAUUGUUCAUACACACCAGAUAGGAUAUAUGAUGUGCAUUUUUGAAGAAAAGCUUGAUGAAACUAAGCUGGAGACACUUCAAGAUUUCGAGUUUGCUACGGAGAAACAAAAAGAUUCUUUUAUCAUACUCCAAAGACUCGAGAAUUGGAUAAUCUUCUGGGAGAUAUCUAUCAUAAAAUACUAGAUAUGGAGAGGGUGAUCACUCGAGUUCUGGUGUCGCAUAUGGAGACUUAGUUGGCUAAUGUGAUGAUAUCAUAUGGACACAAUUAAGCCAUGAUUAUAACUUACUGUGUCAUAGAGCUAACUUAGAAGUAGCAGAAUAGUCAUGAGGAUAGUUAUCUCAUGGAUACUAUAUAUUAUAGAGGCUGGUUGGUACUGUUCUCAUGAACUUAUUAUUUUACUGUAAUUAAAUUUCAAAUGACGGAGCCUUUUCAUACAACAACUGCUGAUAUCCAUGCGUAGCAGUUUCGCUAACGGUUGAAG